AUGUCCACUUACAGCAAGACCAGCGCUAGAGACCAGGUUCUGGAUGCGGUGAGGAAACUCGUGGACCGAUACAAGGAUGAAGAAACCAGCAUAACGCUGAUUCAAACAAGGUCUUUCCUGUCACGGCCAUUGCAUUUGCUAGCCCCCGAGUUGGAGAUGCGAAUUUCAAAAAGUUAUGCGCUACUUGUCUUGCGGAUUACAAAUGAAGAGGACUUGGUUCCUCGCCUUCCUUUAGACCUCUGGCCAGAUUUUGACUAUAAACAUGUGGGAGAAGAAUUGCGAAUUGACACCCGAAACUCACCAUAUGUGAAGAGUAGUUGUGAUGAAUUUCAUAAUCUGGAACUUUACAUCCAUGGGGUUGCAGGAACACAAGGGGAUAAAGGGGGAUUUAAUUUGGAAGUUGAUCGUGAUAUUGCCCUUGUGAAUCAAGAUAUAGAUGGGCUGAAGGAUGAAUACAAUAUUCCAGCUGGGUGGUGGGGCAUCGAGGAUAAUAAGGGCUUGGUCCUAGAGGAGAUGGUGGCUGAUGGAGACAGAAGGCUGUUAGGUCGAUUUCGAGGCAGUGGAGGGAGACGAUUUGGCAGUGGAUGA